CCGCAGCUCCGGCUGACGGAGGAGGAGAAGCGGCUGCUGGCGCAGGAGGGGGUGACCCUGCCCGGGGACCUGCCCCUCACCCAGGCUGAGGAGCGGCUCCUGAAGAAGGUGCGGAGGAAGAUCCGGAAUAAGCAGUCGGCGCAGGACAGCCGGCGGAGGAAGAAGGAAUACCUGGACGGGCUGGAGAGCAGGGCGGCCGCGUGCUCCGCACUGAACCAGGAGCUGCGGAAAAAGGUCCAGGAGCUGGAGAAGAGCAACGGGUCUCUCCUGCGGCAGCUCCAGGCGCUGAUCAAGGAAACGUCCACCAAGCCCGCCCAGACCGGCACCUGUGUCCUGAUCCUGUUCCUGUCGCUGGGGCUGAUCCUGCUGCCCAACUCCAGCCCGUUCCGCCGGGGCGGCAGCCCGGACGGCCUCGGACCCACCGGAGUGAUCUCCAGGAACAUCCUGACCCGGCGGGAGCCGGAACCGGCCGCAGAAUCCCCGUUACCGGGGUGGACGUCGGGGCCAGAGCCGGGAUCCAGUGUGGAGGAUGGAGCCGGGGGGGAGCCUUGGGAUGGGAUUCCCGCCCCCCAGAGGGAUCCAGGGAGCAAUUCCUCCAGGCAGGACGUAGGGACGGGGACACGGGGACGUGGGGAUGAGAUGUGA